AUGGGUUCUCACGCUACCGUCUCUCCUCAGCCUCACGUCCCGGCCGCGGGUGUCUGGUGUCCCGCCGUCACCUUCUUCCACCAUGGCACCGACUCGCUAGACCUCACCUCCCAAGCCAAGUACUUCCAAUAUCUCUCUACAACCGGACUCGCUGGGUUGGUCAUCCUGGGCACCAACUCGGAGGCCUUCUUGCUCACGCGCGAGGAGCGAUCCCAGCUGAUUGCCACGGCGCGCGCCGCCGUGGGCCCCGACUUCCCUCUGAUGGCCGGCGUGGGUGCGCACUCGACCAAGCAAACCCUGGAGCUGGCCCAGGAUGCAGCUGCAGCCGGCGCCAACUACCUCCUGGUUCUUCCCCCCGCGUACUUCGGCAAGGCGACCAACAUGAACGUCGUGAAGCGCUUCUUCGCCGAAGUGGCCGCCAAGGCACCCCUCCCCGUGGUGGUCUACAACUUCCCCGGCGUCUGCAACGGCGUCGACAUGGACUCCGACACCAUCGCAGCGAUCGCCAAAGAAUCAGCCGCCUCCCACCCCAGUGGCCGGUCCAACGUGGUGGGGGUCAAACUCACCUGUGGAUCCGUGGGCAAGAUCACUCGGCUGGCAGCCGAGUUUGCACCCACUGACUUCGCAACCUUCGGAGGCCAGUCCGACUUCCUGAUUGGUGGCCUGGCAGCAGGCAGCGUCGGGUGCAUCGCGGCCUUUGCCAACGUUUUCCCCAAGGUGGCCUCCCGCAUCUACGCCCUAUACCAGAAGGGUCAGGUGGCUGAGGCAGUGAAGCUACAACGCCAAGCCGCCCUGGCCGAGAGCCCUAUCAAGAGCGGCAUUGCAUCCACGAAACAUGCUGUGGCCUGUUAUUCUGCCCAGCUCGCUGGGAUCCCGGAUGCUGCGGCCAACCUGGCCCCUCGUCACCCUUAUGAGGAGGUGGGUGAAGGGCCUAAGAAGGCCAUCCGUGAGGUCAUGGCCGAGGUUGCGGCUAUUGAACAGAGCCUGUAA